AUGGAGAAUUCGAGCGAGAGAGACGAUGAAACAGUCGGGGAAUUCAGAUCGGAGAGAGUGAAGCCGCCGCUCCACAAUUUCCCGCUCUCGAGCUUGAAGUGGGGAAACCAGAGAUUCCUCAGGUGCGUGAAGGCAGAUUCCUCCUCCAGCGAUGACGAACACCGUCUCCGUCGCCAAGCUUCGUCGCCGGCGAAAUCCGGAGCUUCUCCGUCGAGGACGAUAAACUCCGGGACAGAGCAACCGCCUCCGACGAUUCAACACCAUCACCGCUGGGAUCGACCCGCCGCGUCGGGAUCAUCGGCCGGCCAGGUGAGUAAGAAGGUGGUGCCGUUGGAUCUGAAAUCGAGGUUGAGAGAGGAGGAAGUCGAGGAUGAAAUUGAACCGAUGGGGAAAGCCAGGAGGAGGAGGGAGAGACAGAAGGAAACGGCGACGGAGAUGGCGGCGAGACCUCCGUGGAAUCUGAGGACGAGGAAGGGAGCGGCGGCAAGCAACAACGGCGGCGGCGGAGGUAUGGGACCGAAUCGGCGGUUGAAUGAUAAUCAGAAACCGUCGGGUACGAUCAGAGAAGACAAGCCAGAACGACCGAAAUUCUCAGUGACGCUGACGAAGAAAGAGAUUGAAGAAGAUUUCAUGGCGAUGGUGGGACAUCUGCCACCACGACGCCCAAAGAAGAGACCCGGAAAUGUGCAGAGGCAAUUGGACUCGGUAUUUCCCGGAUUAUGGUUAAAAGAGGUGAUGCCUGAUUCAUACAGUGUCUCGGAUUCAACCGAAAGAAAGAAGAAAUCGAGACAGAUGAAUGAAUGAUGGAUCGUUGCAUCAUGGUUACAUGUUCCUGCCAUGAAAGGUUAGAAAAUGAUCUUUUAAAUGUUUUCAUGUUGGAACCAAAGACAGAACCAUUUGAGAUUUAGAGGCCUUGUCGGGGGAAAUUUAACAUUGCAAUAAAUUUUGUAUUUUUUUUUGGAUUAUUCAAAUAUACAACUUUUGUGAUGAA